AUGGGACAAGGAACUGUAGAAUGUUUAGAUCAAGCCCGCCUGCUACAGAGGAGAGAGCAUGAGCACGCUACCAUUAUUGAUGUUGGUAUUGAGAUGUUAGCCAUCCUGCUGCAAAUUCUGUUACAGCUUUGGAACAUGCCCCAGACGGAGUGGAGUCCAGACCCGCAACAGAAAAUGAGCACGCCGCUCUUUCCUCAAUACCCCUCUUCAUCGGCUUGGACAGGAAUUGUCAUGUUCGAUUGA